AUGUCUUCGGAAAAGCGCCCAGCUGCCGACUCUUUCGGUUCCAACCAGCUUGUCAAGCGCCAGCGUUCCGACAACGACCUAGGCAACGAAGUCGCCAUCACGAAUGGCUCCGCCCAGAAUGGCGCCCUCAUCCAAGCAGUGCCGCGUACGAGCGGGCUGCAAGCUCCCAUUAUGGAGCUCACAGGACAUUCCGGCGAGGUGUUUGCAACGAGGUUCGAUCCGACCGGCCAACACAUAGCCUCCGGCUCAAUGGAUCGGAAUAUUCUAUUGUGGCGGACGUACGGCCAAUGCGACAAUUACGGCAUUUUGAGCGGACACAAGGGCGCUAUCUUGGACCUGCACUGGUCGCGCGAUUCUCGCGUUAUCUACUCGGCCUCAGCAGACAUGAUGCUUGCAAGCUGGGAUCUUGAGACGGGUCAGAGGAUACGCAGACACGUGGGACACGAAGAGGUCAUCAACUGCAUGGACGUGAGCAAGCGCGGGGAAGAAAUGCUUGUCAGCGGCUCGGACGAUGGGUACAUUGGGAUUUGGGAUCCGAGACAGAAGGAGGCAGUCGACUACAUCGAGACGGAAUUCCCGGUGACAGCCGUGGCCUUGGCGGAAGCUGGUAACGAGCUGUACUCGGGCGGCAUAGACAACGAUAUCAAGGUAUGGGACAUGCGCAAGAAGGCCGUCGCAUACUCGCUGCUGGGACACACGGACACGAUCACGUCCCUUCAAGUUUCUCCAGACUCGCAGACGCUCCUCUCCAAUUCCCACGACUCGACUGUUCGCACGUGGGACAUCCGGCCAUUUGCUCCCACGGAUCGCCACAUCAAGACGUACGACGGAGCGCCAACGGGCAUGGAGAAGAAUUUGCUGAAGGCGAGCUGGGACCCCAAGGGCCAGAAGAUUGCUGCCGGAAGCGGCGAUCGCACGGUUGUGGUGUGGGAUGCGAACACGGGCAAGCUUCUCUACAAGUUGCCGGGACACAAGGGAGCGGUCAACGAUGUGCGGUUUUCGCCGCGCGACGAGCCAAUCGUUGUAUCUGGUUCAUCGGACGGCAUGCUGCUUCUGGGAGAGCUUGGCAAGUGA